GACCAUCGUGCUUUUGAGUGGGGUGGACCUGCGGUGAUCCUGGGUGACUUCAAUGGAGAUUACCACGAAAUGAAGAGCUGGGGUGAGCUCGCACUCAUGGGCUGGGCAGAAGUCGGUGACAUCCAUCUUGCGAAGACUGGAGAGGUGCUGCCGGCCACCUAUCAAAAUGAG